AUGGAUCUUGUAAACCACCUUAACGAUAGACUUUUGUUUGCCGUGCCAAAGAAGGGCCGCCUCCACCAAGCCUGUUUGGAUCUUCUUUCCGGCUCGGACAUUCAGUUCCACAGACACAAUCGUCUUGAUAUCGCUCUGGUGAAGAACCUUCCUUUGGCACUAAUCUUCCUCCCCGCCGCGGACAUUCCAACUUUCGUUGGGGAAGGUCGAGUUGAUUUGGGAAUUACUGGUCGAGACCAGGUUGCUGAGCACGAAGCCGCCGUACCACCUACGGAAACCACUGGAGUUGAACAGAUUCUGGAUCUCGAGUUCGGAAAGUGCAAGCUGCAAGUCCAGGUGCCUGAGAAUGGCGACAUUCAGACCCCCGAACAGCUUGUUGGCAAGAAUAUCGUGACGAGCUUCACCCACUUGUCAGAGCACUACUUCCGUGACCUGGAAUCGAAGGCAAAUGGAACCCUGAACGGCGUGGACAGCGCAUUGCAGACCAAGAUCAAGUUUGUUGGCGGUAGUGUCGAAGCAGCUUGCGCUCUUGGUGUGGCGGACGGUAUUGUCGACCUCGUUGAAUCUGGGGAGACCAUGCGAGCAGCGGGCCUCAAAGCCAUUGCCACAGUUGUGGAAUCCUCCGCAAUUCUGAUUCGAUCCAAGCAUCCGUCUGACCCCAAGCUGGUCAACAAGAUCUGCAACCGAAUUCGGGGUGUCAUCACUGCUCAGCGAUAUGUCCUUUGCACUUACAACGUUGCACGCGACAAGCUUGAGCAUGUGAGAAAGAUCACUCCAGGGAAACGGGCGCCAACCGUGAACUCCCUGGAAGAAAGUGGCUGGGUUGCUGUGUCGGUGAUGGUGGAGCGCAAGAACAUUGCGAAUGUCAUGGACUCGCUGACUGAGGAAGGUGCAACUGACAUUCUGGUUACCAAGUUGGAGAACACCAGAACUAGCUGA